UUUCCCUCUGCCUAGGAUUGAUUAACAAGGCCUAUUGGGGGCUUACCAUGCUCAGUGAGCCAAGACGGUUACUCCGCUUGCCUGCCUUGACGCUAAGUAAUUUCUCCGUGAACCUCCGUCUACUGAUUGAGAAAAAAUAGCCUACCCCCCGCUUACAGCACUCCCAGCCGUUUAUGCAACGACGCAUAAGGACGUAAACGGCAUCAUCCUGUGUGCUGUUGGGGGAAGGAACAACCACCGCUACUUGAGUGAUCACGGUGUAUACCAACUGUUACGGUCAAUGCUCUAUGUUUGGUUAACACUGUCGUGUUCUGACUGGGCUGUGGAACCUGGUUGUAUUUUCCAAGUAUAAAUACCCACAUAUGUUCGCCUAUGAUGCAAGAGUUACAGUUGGGAAUCUUCAAGUAGCAACAGCUCUAUAUAUAACAGCAGUUUCAACCAUGGCUGUAUUCAAGAACUUCUUCAGUAAAUUUUACAACACGGCAGGUGCACCACCAGAGAUUUUCAACAGGACUCUGUAUUUUGCCAUUUUUGUUUUUGGUAUUCUGGGCUGUGCCCGUGGUUAUGACGAAGGCUACAUUGGAGGUAUUGUAACGAAGUCAUCGUUCAAAAACCAGUUUGGGUUGAAUGAUCCUACAAAAACAGCAACAGAAUUGGCCAAUCUGAAAUCAAACAUCACUUCUAUGGUGAUACUAGGCUCCAUUGGUGGUUCUCUGCUUGCGAUGUACUUCGUGGACAAGUUUGGGCGUAUUAGAACUUUGCAAGGUGUUUGCGUAGGUUGGAUAGUCGCUGUCGUUAUUCAGAUAACAUCGAAAAAGCUUGGUCAAUUAUACGUUGCGUGCCUUAAGCCAAUUACAAUCAUAUUAACUUCGAUUACACAAUUAUCUCCACCACUCCCCACAUCAUUGGAAGAAUUCUUCCGACUGCAUAUUACAAACUUUGUCCCUUGGAAUUCUGUACGCAUAGGCAGUGAAUUGCUUUCCAAUGCAUCAAGCUCCCUCCUCCCGCAACGUGAAAGGAGAAAACCCCCAGUAGAACUAAGCAAAACCGCAGAUCAUUAG